UUUUUUUCUUGUUGGUGUUUUUUCUGUCUUUUUAUCUCUUUACUUUCUUUUUCUCUACCUCUCUCUCUCUUUUCUGUCUUUACCUUCACCUUAAUUUUCAUCUUUACUUAAUUAUUUAGAGUAAGACUAUCAUCAAAUUGAAUAAAAUCUGAUUGUUUACAACCUGUUACCAGCAUCUUAACAUUCUCAUAUUUUUGUUGACUUUCUUUUCUUUUUGUCUCUAUAUCACCAUCAUCAUCUUUUGAUUAUUAUUUCAUCUUUAUUUAGAUAUAAUAAUACCACUAUUAUGUCCACUGCAAGUGGCUCCAGUCAAGAUGGUAUUACCGGUGUAACUGAAGCGAAUGUAUCAUCAUCAUUAGCAGUUCCUGGUACAAGUGUAGACUCAACAAGCUCAAGUCCGCGAGGUUCAGGACCGAGUGUUGGUGCAUCUUCUGUUUCAGAACAUCGUCAUCUUUCAACCGUUGGAUCAACCCUUGAACAGCCCACAGCCACUCCAUUUAAAGAUAAAAUUGACCCCUUCAUGAAAGAAUCUUCAAAACGCAAGCAGAAAAAAUCUCAAGGCUCGUCAAGGUACAGGUUAACAAGUGAUGUCGAAUUACAACAAUUACCGUCAAUGGAAGAUGUACCACCAUCCGAGGUUGAAUCACUUUUCAUCAAAAAGUUGAGACAGUGUUGCGUUAUUUUCGACUUUAUGGAUCCAGUGGCAGAUCUUAAAGGAAAAGAGGUUAAACGAGCCACGCUCAAUGAACUUGUUGAUUGUUUAACUAGAGGUCGUUUUGUAAUCACAGAAGCGGUUUACCCCGAAAUUAUUAGAAUGAUAGGAUGUAAUUUAUUCCGGACAUUACCGCCAAGUGAAAAUCCCGAUUUUGAUCCUGAAGAAGAUGAUCCAACGUUAGAAGCAUCCUGGCCACAUCUUCAAUUGGUUUAUGAAUUCUUUUUGAGAUUUUUAGAGUCUCACGAUUUCCAGCCAAGUAUUGGCAAGAAAGUUAUCGAUCAAAAAUUUGUGUUACAACUCUUAGAGUUGUUUGACAGUGAAGAUCCAAGGGAAAGAGACUUUUUGAAAACAGUUUUACACCGGAUAUACGGGAAAUUUUUGGGCCUUCGAGCCUUCAUUAGGAAACAAAUUAAUAACAUUUUCUUGCGGUUCAUUUAUGAGACCGAACACUUUAAUGGAAUAGGAGAAUUACUUGAAAUAUUAGGAAGUAUAAUUAAUGGGUUUGCUCUCCCGUUGAAAUUAGAACAUAAACAAUUUUUGGUCAAAGUCUUGAUACCAUUACACAAGCCCAAAUGUUUGGGUUUAUAUCAUCCUCAACUUGCUUAUUGUGUUGUACAAUUCCUAGAAAAAGACGCAACUUUAACCGAAUCCGUGAUCAUGGGCUUAUUGAAAUAUUGGCCUAAAACUUGCAGCCAAAAAGAAGUUAUGUUCCUCGGCGAAAUUGAGGAAAUUCUUGAUGUAAUUGAACCUACUCAGUUCGAUAAAAUUCAAGAAUCAUUAUUUAAGCAGAUUGCCAAAUGUGUAUCGAGUCCACAUUUUCAGGUUGCAGAGCGGGCUCUCUACUUCUGGCAUAACGAAUACAUAUUAAGUCUAAUCGAGGAGAACUCUAACACAAUAAUGCCAAUCAUGUUUCCCGCAUUAUAUAAGAUUUCGAAGGAGCAUUGGAACCAGACGAUCAUCGCUCUUGUAUACAAUGUUUUGAAGACCUUUAUGGAAGUUAACUCUAAGUUAUUUGACGAAUUGACUGCAAAUUAUAGACAAGAAAGACAAAAAGAGAAGAGAAAAGAAAAAGAAAGAGACGAGUUAUGGAGGAAAUUAUCGGAAUUGGAAUUAGAUGCCAAGAGUGGACCAAUAGGAGACGGGAGACUUUAACCACAACAUAAAUAUAUAUAAAUUGUAACAAAGAAGCAAAAAGAGAGAUAAUAGCUCACUCUGGUGUAAACACCGGGAAGUUUGGGCUGGGCACAUUUUAUGCCGUUUGAGACAAUACCAACAAGCGUCCAAUAGCCUUUCAUGUUGAUCAUCAAGGGGCCGCCGGAAUCACCAAAACAUGCAUCCUUUCCUCCUUCCUGGAAACCAGCACAUAAAGACGAUUCAGGAAUCUUUACCUCUUUAUUAUACUCCGAA